CGUUUCACAUUUACAUUUACGUUUUCCCGUUUGCUUGCAAGCUCAGCUGAAUUCAUGAGUGACACCAUAAAUGAACUUCGAAAAGAAAAUAGGGACUCUUCUCAAUUAGCUACAGAGCAGAUAAAUGAGAAGCGGGAUCAAUAUGCAGUCAGUAAUAGUAUUUUUAGCCUUUUUUCGCUUCUGUUUGGAAGUACAACAUGUCUUUUGCAAAAUCUGCCCUGAUGGCUACUACACCAUUGUCAAUUCAACUGGGAGCUUUGUAAGGUGCCUUUCUUGUGAUACGUGUCCCCCUGGUCAAGGACUGGAUCCUCUAUGUGGUGGGCAGAUUACAACUGAACAGCAAAUAUCUUGCGUAGAUUGCCUUUCAGGCACAUUUUCUGCUGAGCAUGACUCAUCCCCUUGUGAAAACUGUCAACAAUGUGCUCCUCACCAGAUAGCAUCUUCCAAUUGCACCAAGUCAUCUGACAGAAUUUGCAGUAAAACUUGUGCUAAAGGAUACUUCUUUGUUGACACCUCUCACAGCUGUGAAAAAUGUUCAUAUUGUUGCUUUGACAAUAAAGAUGAGCCUCAGCAAGAGUGCACUAAACAGGGCUUCAAUGUUACUGGUCAAUAUUGCAGAAUUCGAUUGGAUAAGAGUUGUGCUCCACAUCUAACCACUGGGACAACCUUGGGCUCAGCCCACCCUGUGACUGGUGGAAUAGUUUCUGGUGCUUCUACUAAGAGCAGGACCCGGAAUACCAUAUUAAGUGUCUUAAGUGGUAUUGUCUUAAUAGCUUUAUUUGCUGGAGCCUUGAUUUGGUGGAAAAAGAGCAGGAGGCAAACAAGUAUGGUAGAGAAUGGAAAUACUGUAAUGCAUGCAGUGGAAAAUGGUAGUUUUUCUAGCUAUGUACCCCCCCAGUUGAAUGUCAGUGAACAAGAAGAGGAAUCGCCGUGUCUAACUCAUGAUGUGGUAGGUCCUCUGCCCUUGGAUUCAAUGGACAGUGCCAGUGAGAGUGUUUUAGAAUCCACAGAGAAUGACUGUAAUAAGACCAAAGGACAAGAUAAAAAUGGUGCUGGUUCAACAAGGCCAAGGAGAUCCAGUCUUGUAGAAAUUAAAAGGAAAUUUUCCAGAGAUCACAGUUAUCAAGCUCUAUUAGGACAGGAUCCAGAGGAACCACAAGGUGGUGGUUCAGCAAGGCCUAGGAGACCAAGUCUCGCGGAUAUUAAAAGAAGAUUUUCAAAAGAGCGUAAUUUUGAGCCAUUAUUAUCAGGAGAGGAUCCGGAGGCAGACGAGGAUACAAAAAAUAAGAAACUUAUGAGCACAGUCGCAGCAGAGUCUCUCGAGGUACAGUUGGAACCUGAUUAUCAAGAGCAGAAAGAAAGUGCACGAGCGGAAUUUAAAUGCAACAUCUCCCGAGAGACAAAAGCACGUUAUCAGUGGUUCAAAGAUGCCUCCAUGAUGCAUGGUCAAAGAAACUCUUCCCUUGUUUUUAAUCCCGUUAAGGUGAUGGACUAUGGCAAUUACAAAUGCCAAGUUAAAUAUGGCGAUGGUUACAGUAAUUGUGUGGAAUCUUUCCCUGCAGAACUAGACGUUGCACCACGUGAUGGAAUGGUGUACAAAUGUCUCAGGGAUAUAGAUGUCAAUAUUCAAGAAAGGGUUGGAAACCUUCUGACCCAGAAAAAACCCGGGCUUCCGGAGACCUGGAAACAACUCGCCUACAAGUAUAAGAUGGAGAAGGAUGUUAUAGGUUCGCUUGAAAGCAGUCAAGAGCCGGCUGGAAAAGUAGUAGUCGACUUCCUAGCACGAACCAACCCGAACCUCACAGUCUAUGAAUUCUGCAAGUAUCUUAAAAUGCCCGACAUCCGGCGUUUUGACAUUGUCGAAGAAUUGUUAGGUUGUCUUACAACUCCAGUUUCAAGUGGAAACGUACAUGUGUAGAGCGUUUUCAUGUGUCACCACUUCGGUCAUAUUUGUGGAGAGGAAAACCAAGGAGCAUAUGAACAAAUAGUACAGUUUUUAUUUGAGUGUCCAAAGUAAUCCGCAUUACAUUGGAUUUGCUUUACUUCACUGUUUCAUUGUUCUAGAAAAGACGUGACAUUUUCUCAACAAAUCAGGUGAAAAACUAAAACUAACGCAAUUUUCCUACACUCUAGGCAUUUGCUUGUUCUCACCGUUUUCUCGAGUAUUUUAGUUCGUUCUGAUUGGCCAAUUUUUCGAAACUUCGUAACGAUGCUUUUAUUGGUGAACUUUAUAAGAUCCUUUCUCGUUUUUUAAUGAACAAAUGUGGCCUCCAGUUCUGUGGCAGGAAAAUGUCGUGGUAUAAUUGGCCGAUAUGUGAGAGGUGAGUUAGCACAAGACUUCAUUAUCAGGUUCUGAAUCGUGCAUCUGGCCAUAUCUUGCAUCGCAUCCAGACGGGAAGGGGAAAGCACCACUCGUAGGCGAUAGGUUAGAGAUUUCCAUACAAUUCUGCAUUCACAAACUAAGAUAGGAAUCAUUGCUUGAUUUUCAAUGAAAUUUGGUAGAAGUACCGAGGUUGUGAUUAAAUAUUGUCUCUAAAGUUUUUUUUUUUUUUUUUUACGUAGUGAAUUACAUUUACAAUUUUAGGGUCUGUUUGACCAUAAGGUCAGGUUUUUUAAUUUGAGACACUCCACUGAGAAAGUAAUUUUUUUAGGACUCAGUCAACUGGAAAAGAUGUUGACUGAAAUUCACAUUUUCCCUGACAGACAAGUAUAUUUGUGGAAAAUGGUUUAAAAAUAAGUGUGGCAGAGUCAACGGAAUGCAUCAAUGGCAAAAAAAUAUAGAUAACUCAGCCAAAUUGUUUUAUUCAUUUAUUCUACUUACAGAGUUUUCAAAUUUUGCUAUUUGGUUAUUGUUUGAUUUAUCGAAUUCGGGAAAUCUCUUUUUCUAAGUAGUUUUCCAUACAUACUCAGUAACUUGGCUGUAAGAUUUUAGACUUUUCAGGUGAAAGUAUUAUACAUUCACAACAACAACUACUGUUUGUAUUUAACGUCAUUUAGCUGAGCCUGCUAUGUAAGCAAGUGUAAAUUCUGUUUUCAGCUAUCACAAAAAUGUUUAUAAAUUUUGAUGUAGGUUGUAGUUUGCAUGGGCUGGCUGUGGUAUUAUUGCAGGCAAUAGUUAGGGUCUGAAUGUGGAAUUUCGGAAUAUCUAUGGAUUACCCUUGCAAGUGAGUGGUUACCAACUAUUGCCAGUUGUUGCGUGAAGUUCAGCCAUCAGCUGAAAAAAUGUUAAUCAAAUUUACUUAAUGUUGUAAAACACCUGGACAGUAAAACAGGCACACAUGAUGUAGUAUAUGAAAUAGCAUUUACUUAAGAAGGAAAAGUACAGAAAAAUUUUUGUUAAUUGCAAUCGAGGAUCGACUGCACUCAUUCGAAUGCACGAAAAUUAACUUUCAUGACCAUCGGCUCACUUGACAGCAAGGACUUGGGACAGAGGCUGCUCGUGGGUCAUUCUCAUUCCCAGUGCCUUUUCAGCUUUGGUAUCAAUAUUGAAAGCUGAAUUUUUUGGUAUAUUUAUCCUAACUUGUUGUAGGACUAUCAUACUAUUUACACAAUGCAUACUUUUUUAACCAAAUUAAGCAAUAAAAUUUCUUCUAUUUUUCUCUA